CACACUCACAGUUCACCCUCACUCCUCACAGACUGUCCAGCUGUUCAGGUUCAGUGAGCAAGGAAGUCAGGCGACUUAUUUGAUGUGCUGAUCUAAUCUCGUUGGUUUGUGAUUGAUUAAGUGGAUUAUCCUUUUUAGUGAAGUUGAAGGGUAUUGAGUCGAGCUUUUGGUAAAAGUUGGUUUAUGAGUCAAUUGUAGAUUGCGAGUGUAGUUUCAACUACUUGAAACGGAUCAUCAUUAUUAGCCUUAAAAUAGGCUGUUUUUCUUUUGUCAAGUUCCAAACCACGCCCUAAAAUAGGCCUGUCAGAUACUGCUGUUAUGGAUAUGAUGAUUUCCAACUUGCAACAACAGAGGCAAGUAACAGAACAGCUAAGGAGGGAAGCUGCUAUAAAACGUAUAAGUGUUUCACAAGCUGUACAAGAUAUCAUGAAAUUCAUCACCGAACACGAACAAGAGGAUUGCCUGCUGGUUGGUUUCAGCUCUCAAAAAGCGAAUCCAUUCAGGGAAAAAAGUAGUUGCAACUUGCUAUAAUUCAUUAUUGAUAUCUGAAAAGUAAUGUAGCCUAUGUGUUCUUAUGUUUUAAGGGACCAAUUAAAUUGUCAACUUAAUUUCCCUUCUAGCACACUAACUUUCUAUUUUUUAAAUUAUGAUUUAACCUUGUGAAUAAUGAUUAUAAAAAUGUAUUGAUCUGGUCCAGUCUAUUUUUAAACCACCAAUCAUUUAAAAGCAGAUUUUGUUUUGAGCCUAUAUGAAUAUUAAGUUAUAUUGUUUUUACCAAAAUAUCUUCUUGUUGAGUAAAUUUUGUCCAAGGUUUUAAUUUGUUACUCUAUUGAAACAUUAUUAUAUUGUGCCAUUUUAUUUUUUUGAAAAAGAAAAAUUAAAAUAUAAAUUUUUAUCUACUAGGCUUGGAGUAAAGGCUUACUUUGACUUUUUUUAGACCUAUUGUAUAGGUAGUUUUGGAUAAAGAACAAAUAGUUUAAAAUCAAGUUAGGCUUAGGCCUUCCAAAUUUGAAAAUGCGUUCAGACUAGAUUGAUAAACCUUUUUCUUUCUGAAACCUAGAACCUUAAGAGAAAAUAUACUUUUAUAUAGAUUUGUUCUCUAAGCUUAGUAGCUUAUCUAUUUAUGCAUUGAUUAUCUAUUAAAUUCAGAUGCAAUUGUGAAGUUUAUAUAUAUCGACUGCUAUAAUUUUCUUUUUAAUAUGUAGCCUAAUAAUAAUUAUUCUGGGCAUAAUUUAGAGUUUGUGUUAUCAAGAUUAAAUUGAAAUAAAUAAAAUAAUUAUGACACUUGUUUUUAUGUAGCCCAUAGGCUAGUUAAGUAUUCAUUGUUUACUAUUUGGUUAAAUGCCUUAAAUAACGUACUAUAAUACAAAAUUUUAUCGAAAUUCAAAUGUCAAAAUUGGCAAUGUUGCAGCACUUAAAAGGAUUAAUAGAGGAAAAAUUGAGGUUUUAGCAACUUUUGUAAUACUUAUAAUUUUAAUAAAUAGGCUAACUAUGGGUAAUCAUAGUAAUAUAAUUUUUAAACUAUUAGAUUUGUUUUGCUCCUACUGUGUUAGUUUACAGGUGAUAUAACUGUUUAAUAAUAGAACAUAACAUAAAAUUGGAACUUAAAAACGUGGUAUUAGGUACAGUUUAGAAGAAGUUAGAUCAGGAUAAAUGGACAGACUACCUAUCCAAUCCUUAUGUUCUACUAUAUGAUUAUUUCAUAUUUUUGUUCACGCAAUACUUCAGUAAUAACAUUUUGUUAUAGAUAGGUCUAUAGGCCUAUAUAAUAUAUUAGGAUUGAGUCUUUUUACAAGAUAUUUAUGAAUCUCUACUGUUAAAUUUUUGUUAAAAAUGUAAACUUAAAGUUCCUAAAGUCAUCAGAAACUACAUAUAACUGUAUUUACACAGGUCAUACAUACCCUUAUAGAAAAAGCUCAACAGGGAAAGAGUUCAGACUAGAGAAUUUAACUUUUGCUUAAGAAGGUACAAUUUUUAACUUUGACAAGGUUGAAUUAUCAUUGGUAGGUUAAGCUGAUGAAUUGUCACUUCUAGAAGAUUUUUAACAAGUUGAUUUACAUUGGAGGGGUAAGUAACUGCAUCAUAGUGAAAAGUAAUUGCUGAUUAAGAUCAAAUAACCAGCUAAAAUCAUAUGAUCAGCUGAAAACGGUGCUUUGCUGUAUGUAUAAAAUAACAGUGUUAAGAGAAACAGGAUGAAAUAUCAUUGAAACUUACGAAAAAACAGUUUGUAAUAUUUAAAUAUUACUCUUGUAUGGUAGUUAUGUUAUUUUCAAAAAAGUUAGACAUAUAGUCAAAAUCAUGUUCUUAUCGGUCGAAAUCUGUUCAUUUGAUCUUAAAAAAAGAUGUUAACAAAAUUUGUAAAAAUUACUUAACUCAGAUUUAACUAUUAAUAUCUCAACAUAAUUUUUUAUUGCAAUAAAUCCUUGAAAAUAUUUUAUAGCUGCUAAUAACUAUCAGACAGGUCUUGCAUGUGAUAACUAACUUAUAAGUAUAUCUGUAAGAAUUAAACUUCGAACUUGAUACAACUUUUUUACUUCAAUCACAGUUUUAAUAAUUGAUUAUUAAUCUUAAGGAAAUGUCUUUUAUACCAAAUAUUAAAACUGUGACUAUUUUUGUAGAAAACUAAAGUAGCUUUUAUAUUAAAGCCUACAACUUAUUUUAUUUUAAGUAUGAUGAGUAAAUUAUGUGUUGAUUAUAAAACGUACAUUUGGUAGAACCAUACACGUGAAUCUGUUUCAACUAGCUUGUGUAAGGUUGCUAAUGUGUAGUAAAUAACUCCCAAGUGUUGUACACUGUGCUCGUUAUCACUGUGUCAAUGUGCUAUGUAUGACUGACAGAUUAGUUGAUGUAAGUUAAAUAUUGCAAAUUAAAACUCUUUAUACAAACUU